ACCUGGGAGUGUGAUAGCUCUGGUCCAAGUGUUCUUCAUGCUAGAGACUGCGGAGACAAGUCCUGCGCUGAAACAGCUGGUAGCCAGCUAUAAGUCCAACCCACAGACCAGCAGUGGCAACAACAACACAAGCCGCAGCAACCACCACACAAGCAGCAGCAACCACCACACAAGCCGCAGCAACCACCACACAAGCCGCAGCAACCACCACACAAGCAGCAGCAACCACCACACAAGCAGCAGCAACCACCACACAAGCAGCAGCAACAACAACACAAGCCGCAGCAACCACCACACAAGCCGCAGCAACCACCACACAAGCCGCAGCAACCACCACACAAGCAGCAGCAACCACCACACAAGCAGCAGCAACCACCACACAAGCCGCAGCAACAACACAAGCCGCAGCAACCACCACACAAGCAGCAGCAACAACACAAGCAGCAGCAACCACCACACAAGCAGCAACAACGACACAAGCCGCAGCUUAACCACAACACAAGCAGCAGCAGCCACCACACAAGGAGCAGUGGCAACAACACAAGCGGCAGCAACCACCACACAAGCAGCAGCAACCACCACACAAGCCGCAGCAACCACCACACAAGCCGCAGCAACCACCACACAAGCCGCAGCAACCACCACACAAGCAGCAGCAACCACAACACAAGCAGCAGUGGCAACAACACAGGCCGCAGCAACCACACACACAAGCAGCAGCAACAACAACACAAGCUGCAGCAACAACAACACAAGCAGCCAUGCGGCAACAACAACACAAGCAGCAACAGCAACGACCACCCAAGCAGCAACAACAACACAAGCAGCUGCGGCAACAUCACAAGCAGCAGCAACAACUACAACAGCAGCUCCAACCACAACUACAACAGCAGCUCCAACUACAACCCCACCUCCUGAGCAGGAAGUCAUACCUGAUUACAAUGCGUCACUGACAGUGGCCAACCAGGUGUGGAACAACGCACUGAGCGACAACACCAGUGAGGAAUACCAGAACAUGUCGGCUAAAGUUGUCGCCCAGGUUGAUCAAGUCAUGAAAAGCAGUAACAUGAGCGAAUAUUACAACCGGACUGAAGUUUCAUCUAUGAGUCAGGGAAGUAUCAGGGUGAUUUCGUCAUCAUCUUCAACCCGUACCCAGGAUAAAUUGGAACCAGAUAUCCUGAGUGCGUCAUUCAACAACCAUCAAGACUGA